AUGGAACUGUUACAACAUGACGUGGCUCCUCAACAUGAAUGUUCCGCACGCUGUUCUCGCCUGAGCAGCUCCUGUGACAGCUUCUUUGUUGGCAACUCUUGGCCAAAGAGCAGCUACCAAUCUUCCGAUUCUACCUGUCGGAUCUGCCAGACUCUGGCGGGGGGUAGGAAGUCUGUUUUCGCCACCGCCUUCAACACGCACUACCGCAUCCCCGAGUACACGGCGUCCGCCAUCACACGGGACCCGGACUUACCGGAACAGGACAGGCCGUCAUCAAGCCUGUGGGACAGAGUUCAGCUGGGACUGUGCGGAAAGAAAGUCCAUGACACCCUCUAUGACCGCUGUGAUAAUGUUGAGACCGACAAGUGGGGUGUGACCCGGAUGUCGGACAUUUGGAAGGCGUCCGGAACUCGCUGUCGUCUCAGCAACCCCAGCUUUGACGACCUGCAGGAGAGCCACUGUGGCGACUGUCAGGGGCUGGACAGCGACUACUCCGGCUGCGGAACCACCUUCAACCGCGGCCACAUCAACCCCAACUCCAUCAACAACAAAGAUGCAGACGUGCAGGACGGAACCUUCAGUAUGAUCAACGUAGCUCCGCAGGACGACGACUUUAACCAGUGCGUGUGGCAGCCGUACGAAUGCGCAGUUGGCAGGAAAGCAGACGAAGUCUACAAGAACGCGGUCAGAGCCGGUUCCAACAGCAAAGCCCUUUACGUCAUCACGGGCACAAAGCUGGGCCAACAAACCACGUGGAUGAAAGGACGAGUGGCCAUUCCUGGGUACUUCUGGAAGGCGCUGUGCUACCCUGGGGACGAGAGCGCCGGGCUUCGUCCCUUCGGAGUCGGGUUCUACGGCCCGAACAUCGACUGUUCUAAAAUGACGUCACUUCCGCUAGAAAAGUUCGAGGCCUGGCUGUACGAUGGAGCGGAUGAACAUCUCUUCCCCGGGUCAGUGUGUGCCGGACCGGUAGAUAACUGGGAGGGUCUGGAUGACUACGUGGCUGAGAUAGCUCACGACUGUAGGAAUGAGCACAUCCAGGACACUUGUGAGAGCGAGUGGCGUGACAAACGCUGCGGUACCAGUGGUUGAAGUAAACCUCUAUUCAGGAUAGUUUGUAUGCUCAGACCAACAGACGUGUAUCUGUCUAGAAUAAGUCUACUUGAAGCUUUUCUCUUUCUUCGAUCCUAUUGGCUUUCAUUAUUACUUUGGCUAAUAAGGAUUUGUUUGAUGUAGACCACCAUAAUGGUAUAUAGAAUAUGUACGUUAAGGUUUGAUUUGCGUUAUCAAUGCGGAAAAUUUACACGUGCAUAUAGUGGGUGACAGGAACUAAAUGACAGGAACUUAUCACACAUGCAACUUUUUGAGAGAGAGGACGUCUAUGGAUAUAGUGCAAAUCAUGACCAAAAUUUGCAGAACCAAUUAGUAUUAAUGUUAAUUGUACAAGAUGGAAUAUUAGUUCUGGUAUUUGCAACAUAAAUGGAGCUUGGAAAGCGGAGAUGAUCUAUAUGAAUUGUGCUAACAAGAAACUUAUUUGCAUAUCUAAUGAGCUAAGACUGCUCAAACUCAUUGGUAAAUUAUGGUGACGUCUCAUAAAUUUGUGGUAUGUGUAAGUUGCGUAGAAGUGAGCAUGUGAAGCCCUAUAUAGUGCAAAUUCGAUGAUUUUAAACGUUAAAGAUACCAUUGCUUGGUGAAGGUAUGGGGUCGUCGAACUCGUUCACACUGUGUUCUGAUCUAACAUUUAUUAUUUGUUUGUUUCGAGCGGUAAAAAUAAAGGAAAGGAAAAGGAAA